UUGGGGGGUCGCGUCCAAACCCUCAGACCUGUCCUGUAGCCACCUCUCCCGAUAUAGGGCGCCUCCGCGCUAGCGCUUCCCUUCCCUGAAAACGCUCCUGUAUAAUGUCUGAGAAUGUCCAUUUCUGGGACGCUUAGCAGUUAUUAUGUUGACUCGAUCAUAAGUCACGAGAGUGAAGACGCGCCUCCAGCCAAGUUUCCUUCCGGCCAAUACACGAGUCCUCGCCAAGCCGGCCACGCGGAGCAUCUCGAAUUCCCCUCCUGUAGUUUCCAGCCCAAAGCUCCUGUCUUCAGCGCCUCGUGGACGCCUCUGAGCCCUCACUCGUCGGGGAGCCUCCCUUCUGUCUACCACCCGUAUAUUCAACACCAGAGCGUCCCGCCUUCGGAGAGCAGGUAUCUCCGCACCUGGUUGGAGCCGGUGCCCAGGAGCGAGGGGGGGCCGGGGCAGCCCCUGGUGAAAGCCGAGCCGCUGCUGGGGGGCUCAGGGGAGCUCCUUAAGCAGGGCACCCCGGAGUACAAUUUAGAAACUUCGUCCGGAAGGGAAGCUAUCCUAUCUAAUCAAAGACCCGGCUACGGAGACAAUAAACUUUGUGAAGGAAGCGAAGACAAAGAGAGGCCUGAUCAAACCAACCCCUCUGCCAACUGGUUGCAUGCCCGCUCCUCCAGGAAAAAGCGAUGCCCUUACACCAAAUACCAGACGCUGGAAUUAGAGAAGGAGUUUCUAUUCAAUAUGUACCUCACGAGGGACCGUAGGCACGAGGUGGCCAGACUCCUCAACUUGAGUGAGAGACAAGUCAAAAUCUGGUUUCAAAACCGACGGAUGAAAAUGAAGAAAAUGAAUAAGGAACAAGGCAAAGAAUAGACAGCUCGAGCCUCUCCACCCCCUUCCCGUGCCCUCACCUAGCCCCUCACUUCCAUCGAAUCUUAUUUAUAAGAGAUGGUUCGCAACACAAUGUUAUCAGAGUUUCAAUCAUGUAUGCGGGGAGGGGGUUCCUUUCUAUUGCAGAUUUUAUCUGUGCCCCAAACCUUUUUUCCUCCCUUCUCCUCCUUCUCCUUCGGGUUCUCCAGCUUCCUAGCUGAAGAUGCUUUGGGGAACUCCAAGAUGGAGCAGUAAAAUUGGAGAUAAGGAGCGUAUUUGGUUUAGAAAGUAGAUGUAACCAGCUCAGAUAUUUUUAGCAGAUGGGAAAAUAUGUCCCAAAUCAGUCUGGCCGCCUCCCUCCAUCCCUGCAUUGAGUUAGACCACCAAUUUUGCUGGCCACACAGAAACCCUCCCUUGGAGAACCUUUAAUACAUAAGCCCGAUAGAUGCCUGUAUAACACACGAGUGAACACGAAUGAAAACACCGAUCACAUAAUUCGAAUUGCGGACUGCUCACAAACACACACUGUUCAUACAUAAAAUACAUAAUCUACAUAUAUAACUCAACAUCCCUAAACAAGCUUCCCUCAAAUUGAACAAACGUAGGCAUAGGGACGCACAAUUAUAUUUAAUAUCCUUGAAGGCUCUCCUUCCAGGAUACAGCUCUGCAAAAAGAUCUGGUGCAACCCCUGCCUUCUCGCGCCUCCCCUCCCUCCCCCAGGUACAUCCUAAGAGUUGUUCUUAGAGUCGAAGACUCAUUCUCUUCAUACUUGUCCACAGAAGAUCGUUAGUUUAUUAGAACAAACACAUAUACCUACCAGAAAACGCUGCACAGAGCUAGAAGCUGAGGUGGGGUGUGGUAAGAGCAAAGUGGGUCUUGUUCGAAUUCACUGUCUCCAGAUCCUUUACCUAGAUCCCUUCCUGACACACUCCUGGUAUUUUUAUGGUAAAGCUAGAAUUAUUACCCGAUCCUUUCCUUCCAUCUUCUUCUCCAUACCUUCAUUUUUGUUUUUGUUCUGUAUUGCGAAAUGCCAGACCCUGCCCUGCAGCCUUCUCAGUUCGGAGCACUUCCCUAGGCCUGACCCUUGGAAUACUCCAGUCCCAGCCCGGACAAACCGUCUAAUUAAUACCUUGGAGAGUAAACUCAGCUCCCUCUAGUCACUUCACCCGGCGCUCUAUUCACCAAGGCAAGGCGGGAGACUCAGAUUUGUAAUUUAUUGUGAAUCGAUUCCUUCCUCUCUCCCUUCCAAGAGGAACUGUGAAUAACAAAACUCAGUUGUGACUUCAGUAAGGACCUGCAAAGGUCUUCUCUUUUCCCUUCAUAUCGUUUUGUUUCUGGUCCAACAUGCCCUCAAAAAGCCAGUGGAAUCUGUGGACUCCCGAAGUUUCCUCUCGGAAGGAAAUGGUUGGUCCCGCUGUGUUCCAUCUCGCCCUGGAGAAAGAAUCCCGAGACCCUCUGGGCGGCGCAGAGGAUCCGGACUCGGUCUCAAACUUGGGACCACCCGUGUACCAAGACGACUUCCCCUGGACCUAGUCCCGAGUGGAAAGGACAAAUGGAAGUCUUCAUAGAGACAAACUAAUGCUUUUUUCCCGUCCCUCUUCCGUCCCUCUACGUACUCGCAUUCCCCAAACCGGGGUUUGGAGGAACCAUCUCUCCUUGUCCCCCGGCUGCUCGAAGGGGAAACUCGCUUAGAACUUUUUGCUAUGUCGGUGGGUGUUGUAAUGUUGUGUCAGUGUUUGUGCUUUUUUGGGGGGUGACCAUGCCUCCGGAUUUCGGUUGCCACUUAUUUUGGGGAGGGGGGAGGGGAAGAAGACGGGAAGGGAGGGGGUGGGUAUAGCUCUCAG